CCGGGGUGUCCACCCCGGCAGCCGCCGCUGCUAUAUAACGCCCGCGCUCCGGCUACCGACACCAGUAGUUCCGCACUCAGCACAACCAACAAUGGCCUUCAAGCUCGCAGUCUUCGCCGCCGUCCUGGCCGUGGCCCGCGCCGGCUACCUGGGCGCCCCCGCAAUUGCCUACGGCGCCGCCCCCGCCUACGCCGCCUACGGCGCCCACGCCGUCGCCCCCGCGGCCAUCACCUCCCAGCACUCCAACAUCCUGAGGAGCUACGGCAACCUGGGACAGGUGUCCACCUACUCCAAGACCGUCGACACGCCCUACUCCAGCGUCAGCAAGUCUGACAUCCGCGUCACCAACAACGCCGUGUACGCCGCCCCCGCCGCCUACGCCGCCGCCCCCGUGGCCUACGCCGCCCCCGCAGCCUACGCCGCCCCCGCAUACGGCUACGCCCGCGCCGCCUACGCCCCCGCCCUGGGCUACGCCCGCGCCGCCUACGCCGCCCCCGCCGUCGCAGCCCACGGCCUGCUGGGAGUGGCCUACUCUGCCGCCCCUGCCGUCGCCCAUCUGACCUACAGCGGCCUGCACGCUGCCUACACUUAUUGAGCACCCAUUCCAUCAACAUAAAUCUAUCAUCCGUCCUUGGAUCCGUUCUCUAUUUCUCCCCAAUAUUCUCGUCCAUUCUUCCCAUUUUCCUUCCUAGUUCUUCUCUCAUCAUCUUAAUAUUCUCCUACGUCCUUUAGUACGUUUUGUUUUCCUUCCCAAACUUUUCUCGACGUUAUUUCCUACACCUUCCUAGAUCUGCACUGGAUAUGCCAGUCUUACAGCGUAUCAAGGACUGAAAAAUGUUCUGUCAUUUGCACACCAUUCUAUCCAGCCAUUAAAUGCACUUGUUGUGUAUUAUCAACCAUGUGACUUCAAUAAAUCAUUUAAAAUUUAAAA